GGGGGGAGGAGGUGCCCGAGGGGGGGGCGGGGAGGGGGCAACAUGGCGGCUCCGUAUUAACUUCCCCCCCCUCGGCGGCCAGCGCUGCUGCCGCCGCUCUCCCCCGCUCCCAGCCCUGGCAUGCCGGGCAUGAUGGAGAAGGGCGCGGAGCUCUUGGGGGGUAAGAGCCGGGCAGCCCCCAACGGCGCCAAGAGCGGCAGCCCUUCCAACGGGCACUACUCGGAGCCGGAGAGCGGCGGCGGCGACAGUGACGACGAGCACGAUGUAGGAAUGAGGGUCGGAGCAGAAUACCAGGCGCGCAUUCCUGACUUCGAGCCCGGUGCCACAAAAUACACUGAUAAAGAUAAUGGAGGGAUGCUUGUAUGGUCUCCAUAUCAUAAUAUUCCCGAUGCCAAGUUGGAUGAAUAUAUAGCAAUAGCAAAGGAAAAACAUGGAUACAAUGUGGAACAGGCUCUCGGCAUGUUGUUCUGGCAUAAACACAAUAUUGAGAAGUCCCUUGCGGAUCUCCCCAAUUUCACUCCUUUCCCCGAUGAAUGGACSGUUGAAGAUAAAGUCCUAUUUGAACAAGCAUUUAGCUUCCAUGGAAAGAGCUUUCACAGGAUCCAGCAAAUGCUCCCAGACAAGACCAUUGCAAGCCUUGUAAAAUAUUACUAUUCUUGGAAAAAAACUCGCUCUAGGACAAGUUUGAUGGACCGUCAGGCUCGAAAACUAGCCAAUAGAAAUAAUCAAGGUGACAGUGAUGAUGAUGUAGAAGAAGCUCAUCCAAUGGAUGGAAAUGAUAGUGAUUAUGAUCCCAAAAAGGAAGCCAAAAAGGAGGUAACAGAUAACUUAAUGGGCAAUAAUGAGCAGCCUGUUCAGACCAGCAAAAUAGGUCUGGGUAGAAGAGAAUAUCAGAGCUUGCAGCAUCGUCACCAUUCCCAGCGUUCCAAAUGCCGGCCACCAAAAGGCAUGUACCUGACCCAGGAAGAUGUGAUAGCUGUUUCCUGUAGUCCCAAUGCAGCCAACACAAUUCUUAGACAGCUGGAUAUGGAACUAAUCUCAUUAAAGCGACAGGUUCAAAAUGCUAAGCAAGUAAACAGUGCACUUAAACAGAAAAUGGAAGGCGGGAUUGAAGAAUUCAAACCUCCUGAGUCUAAUCAGAAAAUCAAUGCCCGUUGGACCACAGAAGAGCAGCUUCUUGCAGUACAAGGUGUCCGAAAAUAUGGUAAAGAUUUUCAAGCUAUUGCAGAUGUAAUUGGCAACAAGACUGUUGGCCAAGUGAAGAACUUCUUUGUAAACUACAGGCGUCGGUUUAACUUAGAGGAGGUAUUGCAGGAAUGGGAAGCGGAACAAGGAACCCUGGCUUCUAAUGGUGAUGCUUCUGCUUUAGGGGAGGACACAAAAAAUACUUCUAAUGUGCCAUCAGGAAAGAGCACUGAUGAAGAAGAUGAGGCACAAAGCACUCCGGCCACUCAGUGUUUAGGCCCUUCRCCUCCAGCACAGGCAUCUGCUCCGGCACCUGCCGCUCCCAUGGCAGCUUUAAAUCAGCCGCCCCCGUUACUUCGUCCAGCACUUCCCGCCGCUCCCGCUCUGCACCGCCAGCCUCCGCCGCUUCAGCAGCAGGCGCGAUUCAUUCAGCCGCGGCCGACCCUAAACCAGCCUCCCCCGCCGCUCAUCCGCCCCGCUAAUUCCAUGCCUCCUCGUCUCAACCCCCGGCCCGUGCUGACCACAGGCAGCGGCCAGCAGCCACCCUCGCUCAUCGGAAUUCAGACAGAAUCUCAGUCCACUCUGCACUGAAGAGAGCAAGCGGAAUUAUGCUAACUCCCACAUUUGAAAAAUUGUAUCAAUGUACUUUUUUUUUUCCAAGCAAUGAAGGGGAGAAAAGAGCAAGCCUUCGCAGGUAUCAGACCAUUUUUCCAGAGGAGCAAGCUAAAAACUAGAAAUGGAACACCAUCAAUCACCACCUGUAUAAAAAUAUUUUUAUGCCGAAGACUUGUACAGCAGAACAAUGCCUACACCGCAGCCCUCCUCUGUAUCAAUAACUGUUGAAGGAAGCUAACCUCUUAAAUGAAUAAAUGUUCAACACACCAAGAUUUUGUUUAACUGAUUUUUACUCUAUUUAUUUUAUUACAGUUCUUUAUAGUCAAGCAUCUAACUACAGGAAAGUAGUCUGGCAAAUCUAGAAAUAGGUAAUAUUGUAGGAGGCUUAAAUGUAGUGUUKKUUUUUUUUGUGUGUGUGUGACUUUUUAAAUUUUUUUUUACCUUGUAGUGAAAGAAAAUAAUGGCUUUAGGUUCAGAAUGUUUGGCCCUGUUUAGGUAACAGUAGAAGCAUCUCACGCACUUGUAAAAUGUAGGUAUUUUCAUGUUUUUCCCWGAACAUUUUAUCUUGUUUUAAAAGGUACUGGCCUAUUAAAUACUCCUCUUUCAGAGUAUCCUGAAGACUCAAUGAGCUGUUGUACCAAAUUUAUUAAAUCUCAURUGUGUUGUACUCAUAGAAUUUAAGUGGAAGCAGGAGUGUGGUUUCCUGCUGCAGUCUUGUCUUGUGGGCUGGGCAGGAUAGAGAGGCAGCAGCUUCCACCAGCCAGGGGGAUGACAGGAGAGGAACCAUCUAGCAAGAAGUAUUAAUGUAAUUUAUUAUUCCACUAAUUCUUCUAAUAUAAGGACAGUAAGAUUCCAUUCCUCUGAGAAUGACUGCAGUUCGUGUGUGUUGGAUCACGGAUACCUUGCAUGGGAAUUUAUGAGGGAAGUCUAGAGGCUGGUGGUGCUGGUAGAGCACCAUGAGAAUAGUUACCUGCUGCCAACCCAGUCKUACUUUUAAGUGAUUAUCUCUUGAUUCCUGUCACAUUUCUGGAAAAAGUCAUUACAUGAGUUGAGGUGUGGGGGGAGGGAAGGCAUGUUUGUUUAUUUUAUUGACUCAGUAAAACCUGCAUUUAGAUAUUAAAACUGCUUCCAAAUUUUAGGAGUUUGAGAGAAACUCAUUUCACUGCAUUCUUGUC